CUUGUAGGAAGUCCGCCAAGGAUUCCAUGUGUGUUGGGUCGUUUAGGAGUCUUUUGAUCGAUCUGUUUGCUCGGUCGGAGUCAAUGUGAUGCGUAGUUGAUUGUCGCAACUUUUACACGCAGCGAGAUGCGACGACUGCUUCACUGCACCAAGUACUCCUGCUCUUGACACUUCUGCUAGCUCAAGGCUGUUCCCGUCGGCAACUUGGCUCCUCAAGCUGAUGCUAGUCCGUCUACUGGACUCUCUCACCUAAUCUGCUCGCUUGAUGCCUCUUCACUUUAUUCUGGUGCAGAACCGACAGGGCAAGACGCGCUUGUCCAAGUACUACGAUCCAUACUCUGAUGCAGAGAAGAAUAAGCUGAAAGGCGAGGUGCAUCGUCUCAUUGCACCACGCGAUCAAAAGAGUCAAUCCAACUUUGUCGAGUACCUCUCACACCGCAUCAUCUAUCGGCGGUAUGCAGGUCUCUUCUUUUGCGCGUGUGUUGAUGUCACGGAUAAUGAACUUUUCACACUCGAGGCCAUCCAUCUCUUUGUCGAAGUGCUGGACGCCUUUUUUGGCAACGUCUGCGAGCUGGACCUCGUCUUCAACUUUUACAAGGUCUAUGCCAUUCUCGAUGAAAUCUUCCUGGCAGGCGAGGUCGAAGAGGUGAGCAAGCCCAAGAUAUUGGAACGCCUGCAGAUGCUGGAAAAGCUAGAAUAAGGCUAUGCUAAGAAUGUAUUGAUGAAUCUACAUGGAGAUCUCGCGGGUGACGCUCUGAUCCUCAAGACCCAGC